AUAUAUAUAUCAAUAAAUAAGUAAAUAUCAGUUUUGGAUGUAAGAAUAUCUGAAGGCCAAGUAUUUUUGUAAUUCUAUGUUUGUAUGAUUUUAGCCCAUUAAGUAGAUGUACAUUUAAAUGUGAAAAAAUUGAAAUAACUACUUGUUAUAAAGAAUUAUACAUAAUAUGUAUGUAUAAUAAAUAUAUAUUAUAAUGGCUACUUUGUCAUUAUUGUGGAGGAAUGGUUUGGCUGUAAGGGGAGAUGUGGAGGCCAAAUAUUUUUGUAAUUAUAUGUUUGUAUGAUUUUAGCCCAUUAAGUAGAUGAUUUAAAUGUAAAAAAUUGAAAUAACUACUCGUUUUGAAUAAUUAUACAUAUGUAUAGUUGUUACUUAGUUUGAAAAUGUCAUUGUUUUUUAAUUUCAGUUUUAGGGGACAUUAUGUGGGGAAUAAUCGGCAAGCAGCCUUUUUGGCCUUGCUACAUUGUAACAGACAAUGAUGGGAGAUCAUACAAAAGGAAAAUGUGCUCCAACGAUGUUUAUAGAAUUUCGUUCUAUGUGCAGUGGAUGGGGGAUGGGAGGCAUUCCUGGGUGGGCCUCUCUUAUUUGGUGCCCUUUGAGAGGGCACCAAACCCCCAACACACUCCGUAUGAUAUGUUGAAGAAUUACAUCCAAACUAUGGCAAGCACUUCACGUGCCAACCCCCCAAAGAGGAGGCGUGAGGAGGAAGAGGAUGCCCCUAGACCUCCCAAGAGAAGAUGUGUUGUAAAUGAACAUCCACAGGCCCCUCUCCGAAGAUCGGAGAGGAUUCGACAACAAAAUUUGGAGAUUGAAAGAGCAGAAGAAGAGCUUCAGAGACUUGAACUGCAGCAUCAGGAACGCCAGAGACAGAGACAGAGAAGGCAACCAAUGAGGAGACUAGCAGAGAUGGUCCUCCCACCACCACCCCCCGUUGAUAUUGUUGGUAAUGUGAUGUGGGGCCGGCUGGGGAAGCAGCCCUACUGGCCUGCAAUGGUGGCCGUCGAUGAGGAUGGCCUAUACUUCAAACAGCAACUGACUGAAAAUGGAGUCCUUAGGCGGCAAUUUUACGUCGAAUGGUUGGCCGACGGGCAGCGGUCAUGGGUGGGGGCCACUUAUUUGGCCCCAUUCGAGCGCCCCCUGAGGGUCUCAGGAACACCCUUAGGGAGUGGGUCCCAAAUAUGGCAAGCACAAGUGGUCGCACUAACCCACCAAAGAGGAGGCGUGAGGAGGAAGAAGGAAGUGUUGACCUUCCUCCUAAGAGAAGGUACAUUGCACAUCAUCAGGCCCCUCUCCGAAGAUCCCAGAGGAUAAUACAAAAAAACACCUCAAAACGAAAGAAAAUGUGAAGGCCUGUAGAGUGCCAAGGAGGCUGGUGGCCAAAGUGGACGCAGCAGUGGAGGAGGCUCUGGAAAUGCAAGAUAUUUUCAUCUAAGUGAUGGUGAUUGGUUCCGUGGUGUUGAACCAGAUAGUGGUGGGACUUGCGGUGUCCUACCUGAGCGUCCUGAUGUGUGGCAUCGGUGUCCUGAUGGCGUGGCGUGGCUUCUCUCCCCUCCGGA